AUGAUGCACCAUCGCCGGGAACAUACUAAAUCCCGGCAUGGCUGCAUGACUUGCAAGACUAGACGCGUUAAGUGCGAUGAACUACGACCUGUCUGUAGCAAUUGCACCCAGAGGUGUGAAACAUGUGUCUAUCCCGGGCUGGGCCCUCACAUUUUUACUGAGAGCACCCGAAAAUCUCGGAAGAAAGCUCAAUCGCCACCAGAAGAUCGAACUAAGCUGUUGCCUGAAGCCCAAUUUUUCACCUCAAAUACCUGGGCCUCAAAUCCUUCCGACAGUUCGAGUGCAGAUUCUAGCUUGCCUUCGCUGGACAUGACACAGCUAGAGCUCGUACUACAAUGGACCAACCACACACACAAAUUCGCUGCGCGGAGCGAAAAGACAAGAAAAGUCUGGGAAAUUCCAGUGCUUGAAGAAGCUCUAAAUGCGCCAUUUCUAAUGCACGGAAUCUUGGCACUUUCCGCCCUGCAUCUUUCGCAUUUGCGUGAAGACGAAAGGUAUGUGAUGUGGCUAGACAUCGCCAUAGCACAUAAGAAUACUGCCUUGGUAAUGUUCUCGGAUCAGCUUCGCAACAUUACCAAGUCCAAUGCGAAAGCCAUGAUGGUUUUCGCGGGCCUGGCUUUUGCUUUUAGCCUAGCAAGUGCUGUCAACAUAGGCACGAAAGAAGACGGGCCGGGCUUGAACGCGCUCACGGACGUCUUCAUUUUAGCCCGAGGAGUUCAGACAGUGCUAGAUGCGGAAACAGAAUUUCUGCUGCAAAGCAACUUCAAACCACUAUUCGAUACUACAGGUCCGGAGGUUGAUAUCCCCGAGAAUAUUCUUGCUGCAUUCGAUCGACUUGAGCAACUGCAAAUUCAAUGCAACCAAUGGGAUAAUAAUAUAGACUCUGCAUCAUAUACGCGAGCGAUAAAAUUCUUGCGCGAUCUUGCUGCUUUCACCUGUGCCGAGCCUACUUCGAUGACCAUGGCUGCUGGUUGGGCUAUUCAUGCCUCGCAGAGAUAUCUCGAUGACCUCAGGGCUAAGAAACCUCUCGCAUUGGUAGUGCUGGCUCAUUACUGUGUGUUUCUACAUAUGGCUCGAGAGAACUGGUGCAUAGGCCCUUGGGGCCGCAAGGUUCUAUUAGAGAUCACCCAAGCAUUGGAGCCUGAAUGGCAUCCUCAUAUUGAAUGGGCGAUUCUGAAUGUCUUCCCCUUCGGUACAGAAUGA